UCAAAGUCAAUUGGGGAAAUUGCGAUUUCAUUCUUUUAUUGGUCGUUUUUAAUGAAAGGAGCGAAGAAACCGCCCAAAAUGUGAGAGAGACAACCCAACGUGGUUACUGCUCCUCAAUUCAUUCCCUUCCCUGCCCCCCGUGACUGUCUCUGUCUCUCCCUCUCCCUCCCAAUCUCCUCUUCUUUCAGACGGGGAAAGGGAUCCCCUUUUUUCCAUCAAGUGGGCCUUUCUGGGAUUCAUCGAGCUGAAAGCUUUGGUUUUUGAUCCAUUAGGCUCCUCCUUCAGCUGGGAAGCUGAGAAGGUUUCGUGGUUUGAGCAGUAUAUACAAGGUUUUUUCUUUGUUAAGUUGUGAUGGGAGGUGUACUGGGAAAGGGCGAGUCCCCGAAAAAGGUGUGGAUCCCAGAAACAAAGCUCGAUGCUAAAAUGGUCGAAGCCCUACAGAAGCGGUCGUCCAAAGGGAGCAGGAUUAAAUCGUUCAACAGUAUUAUCCUGAAGUUCCCGAAGAUCGAUGAGAGCUUCAGGAAAUGCAAAGCCAUAUUCGAGCAGUUCGAUGAGGAUUCCAAUGGUAGAAUAGACCAUGAGGAGCUGAAAUGCUGCUUCGAAAAGCUAGAAGUCUCUUUCAGCGAGGAGGAAAUCAACGAUCUCUUCACGGCAUGUGACAUUAACGAGGACAAGGGCAUGGAUUUCAAUGAAUUCAUCGUGCUCCUCUGCCUCGUAAACCUCCUGAAGAGAGAACCUCAUACUUCUGACUCUAAAUCGCUCAUGGGGAUGCCGGGCCUUGAGAACACAUUCGAGACGCUAGUUGAUGCUUUCGUGUUUCUGGACAAGAACAAGGACGGGCAUGUCAGCAAAAAUGAGAUGGUGGCGGCUAUAAACGAAACCAAUUCAGGGGAGCGGUCAUCCGGUCGCAUAGCCAUGAAAAGAUUCGAGGAAAUGGACUGGGAUAAGAAUGGAUCAGUGAAUUUCAAGGAGUUCCUUUUCGCAUUCACUCGCUGGGUUGGUAUAGACGAGACCGAGGAUGACGAAGAGUCGUAAUUCUGUUGCUGCUGGCUUUCCUGCUUUUGGGUUUCUCUAAGAAACGGAGCUGUCUUGCCCAAUAAUAGUCUGAGUUGAUAAAGACCGAAGGAUUAUAUUUCCUAGUGUUUGUAUGUAAAUAGCCUUGUAGCAGAACCCUCCAUCAGCAUUUGCAGAACUAGUUUUGCAUCAAUCCAAUUACCGAUUUUAGUAGA